CACAACACCGCGUUUCUUUCAACUAAAUUAAUACUAGUACUACUCCACAACACUUCUUUUAUUUAUCUAUUUAUUUUCGUACACAUCACUACUCAGAUAAAUAAACUUAAUUUCUUCGCAUCCACCUCAUUUCUCCAGCCUUUCUUGAACUCGUCAUAGUCCACGCUCAUCUGCCUUCUCUUCUUCAUUAAUAGCCACCCCCAUCUCGGUUCAUUCAGUUCUUGAAAAAUCAAACAAAAAAAUCAUCGAAUUUUGCGACAUUUUGUAACGAGGGAUGAUCAGAUGGAUACAUGUAGUUUUAAUGGUGGCCGCCGUCGCAAUUCUGAUUCUCCUCGUCAUCAUGCUGCUACAGAAAUGUUGUCACGUCGAGAAACAGCUUACAAAUAUUGUUGUAGCAAAUAAUGGUGGGAGAGCAACAAAUUUAGAGAAUGGUAUUGUUAGACUUCAUCAACUUGAUCAAGAACCAAGUAGAAAAAAGACUAAUUAUUAUGUUUUUCGACGUGGGGUUUCGUCGAAGCCGUUGUUUAGCUGGGCUGAUAAUCCUGCACUCGUGACUGAUGCAGUUGAGAAUGGAUGGUCGAGAUUUGCGUUUACUAAUUAUGCUUGUUAUGCAGCGUCUCCUUCGGUACGAUCAGCUCGGACUUUGUUAGGUGUGUGUGCAGCUGGUGAUCAAGUGAAUGAAAUGGGAGUGGAGAUUAGUUGGGAGGUUUGUCAAGGAUCAGCUGAUUUUGUGCAGAAAAUCAGGCUGAAUUCUGGUCUGAAGAAGGCGAAUUCGAGUGUGGCUGCUAAUUCUGUUAUCAAGACAGCUCUGCCUUUUCCAGGGCCUUCUUUGGGGAAUUCUGCUUUUCCCAGAGAGGCUUAUUUUGAGAUUACAAUCUUGGCUUGUGGUGAAAAUGAGGAUCAUGGGUUGGCUGGCACUACGGUUGGGAUGAAAUCUGAAGGCGAGAAGACGAAACUGAUUCAGGAUGAAUCAGAAUCUAUUGAUCAUGUUACAAGUAUUGAAAAUGGUUAUGGGAACAGUAGAUUGGAUGAAGCGAAAGUUGGUUUUAAAGAAGAGGGGAAGAAUGGAGUGGUUGCAUUGUCAUUGGGGUUUAGUGGGGGAGGAUUUCUUCCACUAAAGCUUCCUGGAAGCUACUCAGGAUCCAUUGGUUUCAAUUCCAACGGCUCCGUUUACCUUGAUGGAGCUAAAGUGGUUUCCGAAUUAGAAAAGGAAGAAUGGGGAAGAGUUGAUAAAGUGAUUGGCUGUGGAUACAAUCCGAAUCAGAAGAAGGUGUUCUUGACUGUAGAUUCUGAACUUGUGCAUGAAAUCCAUUGCAAGACAGAAGAAUUUGGAACUCCAUUGUACCCUACAAUGGCAGCUAAUAGUGAUAUGACAGUUUUAGUUAAUCUUGGACAAAGUGUGUUCAAAUAUGCACCUGCAAAUCAGCAAAGAACUCCAAAUCCUUGCUUCAUUGGCCCUCUGACAAAGUCUCCUGCACUAGGCUAUGAAGACAGCAAAGAGCUUUUCUCGAUGGGAAGAAUAGAUUCCCAGUGGCUUAACCGAUCAGCAACGAAAGGUCAAUACAUAUAUGGUAAUAGUACUCACAGAGGCCCUGAGUUUGAUGAAGUAUCUGAAGGUGAUUUGUUUGAAAUCGUGUUGGAAAGUUCUGGAAGAUCUCCACACAGACCAUUGUAAAAGUAGAGUAACUUUGCAUAAUUUGUUAAACACAAAGAUUUUUGUGCCAGUGUGUCACAGUUCACAAUUCAAGUUCUGACAGAAGGAGCUUGAACCAGCAGUAGCAGCGGCCCUCAAGGGUGCUUUUGUUGGAAGCCUUUACGAGUUGAGAGUGUUUUGUUAGCCUUUACAAUCUGAGCUAAUCUAUAACUCGAAACAAAUUUUGAUUGCACGAGAGGAAAUGAUCAUCAGAAUUUGGACUUUGUAAUCUAGACUUAGAAUAUUUGGUGUUAUACUUGUGUUAUUAAAGCUACUAUUGGGCAUAUUAUUAUUAUUGUAAAUAACACUUACAAUUGAACUUGUCAACA